AUCAGAAUUUAGCUUUCAAAACAAUCACUUUAUCCACUAUAAUUGCUCAAAGAAGCUAUAGUAUAAAAAUGAUUACAAAUGUUCAAUCAUGCAUGUGCUAUUUUGAAAUUUUGUAUCCGUUAGGACUGUUACCAUGGUAUUAUUGUCCUGAAAUAGGUAAAUUUGAACAUUAUUUUAUUAUCAUACUUAAAAAAAAUAAAAAAAUAAAAUACUUGUUUCAACCUAAUAACCGUCCUGCCCAAUUCGAUUGUGUUACCACCUUCGGCUCGAACCAAACAGAAUGCCGACCAGAAUAACCAACUCAAGAUGUUCAUGGACAAAGAAAUAUAACAAAAAAAUAAUUAUUUGAAAACAAAUAACUAAAAAGGUAUAAAAUCGUUUUCUUAUAAUCAUGAAAGUGGUGGUUAAAUGAUUGCGAUUGUAAAAUUCCUCAGCACGUCCUCAUGAUCACUGUCCCUCCCUUUACUCAUCCCUUAAAAAAAGGUUUGAAAAUUACCCAAAUAACAUGCACUUAACUUACUAUUUUGAAUCCAAUAUUAGUAUAUCCAAGGCAAUUACUAAUAAUAGUUAUCAAGUAUUCACAUCACUUCACCAUAACUAAAUACUACUUUCUAAAAGAAAAAGAACAGAAAAACCCAAUUGCCCAUGUCUUAAAUUAAGUUGUGGGUGGGUUGUGUCUUCCAUCACUAGAAUUAUCUGAAUCAUAUGGAAUUCCAUUGGUGCUUCUUCACUAGCUUCUUGUUCCUAAGCUACCCCAACCUCAUUUCAUCUAUACAAGAAGGUUUUUGGAGUUUAUCAUGUGGAAGAGCUACAAAUUUCAUUGAUUCCUCCAACAUUUCAUGGGUAUCAGACUAUGGAUACAUCACAAAAGGGAACACCACAAUUCUUGAUUUCAAUGACUCGAUUCGUUUUUUCCCAAAUCCUAAGAACCGAAACUGUUAUAAACUACCAAUAAACUACACAUAUUCAUCCUUGACUCUUAUUCGAGUCAGUUUCAUGUAUAAAAACUAUGAUGGGCUUCAACAACCACCAAUGUUUUCUAUUUCUCUAGGAACAGCUGUUUCUGCUACUAUUAACCUAUCAUUUAAAGAUCCAUGGGUAGAAGAGUUCAUAUGGCAAGUUGACAAAGAGACUCUUUUGUUAUGCUUGAAUUCCAUUCCGAAUGGUGGGAUUCCGGUCAUUUCUUCAAUUGAAAUCCGACCGAUGCCUCAAGGAGGUUACUAUAAUGGAAUGGAAGAUUUUACAAACAAGUUGCUUAGAAAACACUUCCGGAUCAACUGUGGUUUUACUAAUGGCUCUAUUAGGUACCCUUUGGAUGAAUACGAUAGGAUAUGGGAUCCAGAUGAAGAUUUUUCGCCUUUUCAUACAUCAAUUGGAUUCAGUAACCCUGAAACUUUUGAUACAUGGAGCCUCAACGAGCGUCCUCCUCUACCCGUUAUUCAAACGGGUAGAGUUUUGGCUAGGCGAGAAGGGUUAAGUUACAAUUUUGCCCUCCAAAAUCUUGGAGAUUACUAUCUUGUUGUAUAUUUCGCUGGAAUUCUUCCGGUUUCACCCACCUUUGAUAUCUUGAUUAAUGGGGAAGUUGUUGAAUCAAACUAUAGAGUAAAAAUCUGGGAAAUUGGGAGCUUGUAUUUCUUAAGGAAAGGAAUCCAGAACUUGAAUAUUACUUUCAAAGAUAUUACUUUCUACCCUCUUGUCAAUGCAAUUGAAGUGUAUGAGAUAGUAAACAUACCUCCCGAAUCCUCUACAACAGUAGUUUCAGCUCUUCAAGUUAUUCAGCAGUCCACUGGGUUGGAUCUUGAAUGGGAAGAUGAUCCAUGUUCUCCAACAACCUGGGAACAUAUACAAUGUGAAGGAAGUUCUGUCACCUCAUUGGAACUAUUUGACAUGGAAUUGAGGUCAAUCAGUCCUACAUUCAGCGACCUAUUCGAUCUAAAAACACUAGAUCUUCAUAAUACAUCACUUGUAGGGGAAAUCGAAAACCUGGGUGGCUUAAAGAGUCUUGAAUAUCUGAACCUGAGUUUUAAUAAGUUAAUAUCAUUUGGGACUGAUCUGGAUGGCUUAAUCAGCCUUCAAGUUCUGGAUUUAAAGAAUAACAGUUUAGAAGGUUUAGUUCCUGAAAGCCUUGGAGCCAUGAAGAAUCUUCACCUAUUGAUUCUGGAAAACAAUCAUUUACAAGGCACCAUCCCAAAGGCAUUGAACAAAGAUAGUCUUGAAAUAAGAACAUCCGGGAAUCUGUGUCUAAGCUUCUCCAUAUCAAAUUGCUAUAAUACUACACCAAAUGCUUCGAUUGAUGCACCAAAAGUUUCGGUUUUCGACAAGAAGAAGGAAAAACUUCAUAGCCAUUUAGCAAUUGUACUUGGUGCAGUUGGAGGAGUACUUUUUAUUCUUAUUACCAUAUCUAUUUCAGUUUUGUUCUUAUACAUAAGGUCAAGGAGAAACAAAGAACAAUUUAAAAAAAGAGAAGGUGAGCAAGCUGACCUGGAAUUGAGAAACUGGACUGCAGCAAAAACCUUCUCUUACAGAGAAAUCAAAGCAGCCACUCGCAACUUUAAGAAGACUUUAGGGCGUGGUAGUUUUGGGUCAGUCUACCUCGGGAAACUUCCAGAUGGAAAACAGACAGCUGUCAAAGUCCGAUUUGAUAAAACAAAACUCGGAGCUGAUUCUUUCAUUAAUGAGGUGUCCAUUUUGUCUUCAAUUUGUCACCAAAAUCUUGUAACUUUUGAAGGAUAUUGCGAUGAAUCAAAACAGCAAAUACUGGUUUAUGAAUAUUUACCUGGUGGAUCAUUGAGUGAGAAUCUUUACGGAGCAAAUAGCAAAAAAAUAACAUUAAAUUGGGUGCGUAGACUUAAGAUUGCCAUUGAUGCUGCAAAAGAUGUGAGUCACGUGACAACUAUGGUGAAGGGAACUGCAGGGUAUCUUGACCCCGAAUAUUAUACCACACAACAAUUGACCGAAAAGAGUGAUGUUUAUAGCUUUGGAGUUGUUCUUUUGGAGCUAAUUUGUGGUAGAGAACCAUUAAGGAGAACUGGAUCACCGGAUUCAUUCAAUUUGGUUUUAUGGGCGAAACCCUAUCUUCAAGCGGGUGUAUUUGAGAUAGUGGAUGAGAGCUUACAAGGAACAUAUGAUGAAGAGAGUAUGAAAAAAACAGCUGCAAUUGCUUCCAUGUCUGUUGAUAGAGAUCCAUCACAGAGACCAAAUAUGUCUCAAGUACUUGCUGAACUUAAAGAAGCCUACAGUAUCCAACUAUCUUAUCUUGCAACUGUUGAACUUCCCACUUGAGAGAUGUAAUAACACUUAAAUUAUAUGUUUAGUAUUUAUUGGAAACAUGUUGCACUUUUUGAGCAUGAUAUGUAAGAACUGAGACAAAUCUAACC